AUGCUUGCCAAGCUCAGCCUAGGCUUGCCAAGCUCAGCCCAGGCUUGCCAAGCUCAGUCCAGGCUUGCCAAGCUCAGCCCAGGCUUGCCAAGCUCAGCCCAGGCUUGCCAAGCUCAGUCUAGGCUUGCCAAGCUCAGUCUGGGCUUGCCAAGCUCAGCCCAGGCUUGCCAAGCUCAGCCCAGGCUUGCCAAGCUCAGCCCAGGCUUGCCAAGCUCAGCCCAGGCUUGCCAAGCUCAGCCCAGGCUUGCCAAGCUCAGCCAGGCUUGCCAAGCUCAGCCUAGGCUUGCCAAGCUCAGCCCAGGCUUGCCAAGCUCAGCCCAGGCUUGCCAAGCUCAGCCCAGGCUUGCCAAGCUCAGCCUAGGCUUGCCAAGCUCAGCCUAG